GCCGGUUUUUUUUUCUUUUCAAUCGCGAGGCCAUUUGUCGGUCCCUCUCUCUGGUCCUCUUCCACAUACUCGAGAACAACUUGUAGAAGUGAUUUACUACGUGAUAAAUCCGUUGAAUUAAAGAUGCCGACAGUUACAUAAGCAUUAGUCGGCCUUGGUUUGAGACUUGAAACCUCUAUUGCUGUUGAUUCGAGGAGUGUCUCGAAACGGUUGGCUAACUGCCAUCAAUACCUUUCAAAUGACAUUGAAAUCAUGAGGCUUGUUUUAUUUCUCAGAGCUAUAAUUAAAAAUGCGGCAUUUGUUUCCCCUUUUUUUAUUAUUAUGUCGCCAAUCGCAGGCGAAGUUUUUGUUUCAAAUCCGGUAAAAGAAUUAAUAAUACACAACAUGGCGGCGAAAAUGAGAAGAUCGUCUGCAUCGUUAAGACACAUUUCUUCACGCUCGUGUUAUUUGGGUUCACCACAACCCGCCAUUCAAAGAGUUGGCUGUGAGUGGUCGUUCGUGAGUGGGUAUCUGGUAACAAAAAAUCUUUUGUUUUGUUUUUAACCCCUCGUUUUUUCCUUUUUUUUUCAUCAAGUUCCAAUCGUCGUUCGUAAACUUAAAAUGGCGAGCCAGGCAGCCAGGCUACUGAGAAGCAAAGCAAAACCACAAGUUGUGACGGCAAGUACAUCAUCGUCAGCAGCAGCAUCCGAAAAUAAUCCAUCUGGUGCCGUUUCGCCCCUGCCCAGUCCUGUUUGCAACAACAACAACAACAACAACACGUUGGCGAGAUGGCCCUUGUCCAAAUAUGCUAACUUGAUCAUCAGCAAAAAGCCGGGCGCUGGAACGUGGCACGAGAGAACGGCUGGAGACCCCCACGACAUGUGGAUUCAAAUUACUCAACGCCAUUACAUUCAAAUUGUCCACGAUGAUAUGUUGCUCGAGUGCAUCAACUUGACGGAAGCCCAAGGAACGUGGAGGGCAAUUAAACGUGGACCUAACAUGCUGUUUUUCAUUUCCAAUACCAAGGAAACUAGCCGCAAAUUUCGUAUUCGGUUUCUAGCCAACGACCAGGAAGAAUCAACGGCUGUGGCUGACGCCUGCGCUUGUCACCUGUCCCGUUUUUUUACUUUACACGACGCCGAUCGACAAGGUCAAAACGACGACCAUCAUGAACCUACAUGCGCCAUCUCGCUCCAACAAUUGGCCGCAGCCGUUUUAGAUCCUCAACAUUCUAAAUGGCCUUCAGAUUAUGCGGAUAUUGGUAAUUCCCUUGAACUGGUACCGGACCUCGUCCGCAGCUGCCUAAUGGAUCCCAAUUUCCCUAGUUUGGUGGAAGCCGUGGAACGGUCAAUGAAGACGUUGAUGAACUCUGACUGCGCUGCGGCCAAGGAUGUAGAGUAA